AUGGCUUCAUUAUCAACUUCAUCUAAUAUUGAAAUAAUUCCUUUAUUACCUGAACAUCGUCAGUCAGUAAUUAAUCUUUUGAUGAGUUCAUUUUUUAUACAAGAACCUCUUAAUGCUAUGCUUCAAUUUGAUAUACCACAAGAACCAUUAGCAUGGGCUGAUCAUGUUGUUGAUGAAUCUCUUCGUGAUCAAUGUUCAUUUGUUGCGAUUGAUACACAAAAUUUACAUAAAACAAUUGUCGGUGUUUCACUUAAUGGUGUAUCUAAUCGUACAAAUAAAGAAGAACCGUUUAUGGUUGAAUCAGAAAAAUUAAAUUUUAUUUUCUCAUUAAUUGAUAAAGUUUCGGAUGGUUAUGAUCUAUUUGAUUUAUAUAAUACUGAUCGUUUAUUUCAUUUUGAUAUUAUUAAUGUUGAUGAAAAUCUACGUCGUCAAAAUGUAAGUGGCCGAUUAAUAUCAGCAUCAGAAGAUAAAGCACGACAAUUGGGUAUUCAAGGUGCAUUUGUUGUUUGUAGUAGUUUAUAUUCAAGAAAAGCAUUUGAACGUCGACAAUAUGAAGUUGUCAAUGAAAUUUUAUAUUCAAAAUAUGGUGAUGAACGAUUAAAACAUAUGGGAGAACAUGAUCGAUGUACUUUAUUAGCUAAACGAUUAUGA